GUUGCCGAUCAUCUGAUAACACCCUGGCUAACGUUACGUGGACGAACUCGCUCGCGUAUACGCUGUAUGCGUGACAGAUGUCGCAGUUAAGAAUAAUCAAACGGGCAUUGCAGGUUAAAACAGCGUGUCAGUCAUUGGCCUCGUAUUGUGCUAUUGCAGGGAGGUGUCGGUGAUCGGCCAGCUCAGCUUCACCGUGCAGCCGGGCGAGAUAUUCGGCGUCCUCGGCUUGCAGCAGUCCGGCCGCAGCACGGUUCUGGGCAUCCUGGCUGGCGACCGGGAGCUCGGCCGUGGAAAUGCCUACAUCGAAGGCUGGGGCAUCCGACGCAACCCCAAGCAGUACCUGAAGCGGAUCGGCUACUGCCCCGAGGAGGACCCGAUCAUCUUCAAGCUGACGGGGCGCGAGAUGCUGGCGCUGAUUGCGCGGCUGCGUGGUCUCACGCACCACGUGAUGCACAAGGAGAUCCACUACAUCCUCCACCAGGUCGGCCUCUUGCGCCACUCCAAACGCCCGACCCUCGACUACGGUUCUGGCAGCCGGCGCAAGAUGUCUCUGGCCAUGAGCCUGGUUGGAGACCCUGCGCUGGUCAUCCUCGAUGAGUGCACAUCCGGCGUGGACCCCAUUUCUCGAGGCCGCCUGUUCCGCGCAAUCACGCGCAUCCAGCGCUCCAGCGGCAUGGCUGUGCUGUUCACGUCCCACUGCAUGCGCGAGUGCGACCAGCUCUGCACUCGCGUCGGCAUUCUGUCGGGUGGCGACUUCACGCGCGUCGGCGACACGGUGGCCCUGAAGCAGUCGGCCACCCAGGGCUGCACCAUCGUGGUCAAGCUGACCGUGGCGCAGAGCAUGCAAGACGGCUCCAUCAAGGAGAUCAACCGGGGCAUCAAGCGCGAAUUCCCCCAGUCGGUCAUCGCCGAGAAGCGGGAGGAUCAGAUGCGCUACCGCCUGAAACCGAACGCGGACUACCCCCUCAUCUGGAGCGAGGUGAUCUUCAAACUGCACACGCUGCAGCAGGAGAUCAAGUUUGAAGACUUUCUGGUCAACGACACCUCGCUCGGAGAGGUCUUCAUCGGUUUCGCGCGCGAGCGCAAAAUGGUGGACUUUGGCGAGAACCAGGUCCGCUACUUCGAGAGGGACCAGCCUGCCACUGUGGUCAUGAUCCCGCCUAAUUAAAUGCGCACGCGUUAUACAGUCGAGUGGUGUGCUCCA